AUGGUGGAUGCCAUCCACGGCGACCGCACCCAGGCCCAGGUGUGUAGUGGGGCUGUGGUCAUGGUGGAUGCCAUCCACGGCGACCGCACCCAGGCCCAGGUGUGUAGUGGGGCUGUGGUCAUGGUGGAUGCCAUCCACGGCGACCGCACCCAGGCCCAGGUGUGUAGUGGGGCUGUGGUCAUGGUGGAUGCCAUCCACGGCGACCGCACCCAGGCCCAGGUGUGUAGUGGGGCUGUGGUCAUGGUGGAUGCCAUCCACGGCGACCGCACCCAGGCCCAGGUGUGUAGUGGGGCUGUGGUCAUGGUGGAUGCCAUCCACGGCGACCGCACCCAGGCCCAGGUGUGUAGUGGGGCUGUGGUCAUGGUGGAUGCCAUCCACGGCGACCGCACCCAGGCCCAGGUGUGUAGUGGGGCUGUGGUCAUGGUGGAUGCCAUCCACGGCGACCGCACCCAGGCCCAGGUGUGUAGUGGGGCUGUGGUCAUGGUGGAUGCCAUCCACGGCGACCGCACCCAGGCCCAGGUGUGUAGUGGGGCUGUGGUCAUGGUGGAUGCCAUCCACGGCGACCGCACCCAGGCCCAGGUGUGUAGUGGGGCUGUGGUCAUGGUGGAUGCCAUCCACGGCGACCGCACCCAGGCCCAGGUGUGUAGUGGGGCUGUGGUCAUGGUGGAUGCCAUCCACGGCGACCGCACCCAGGCCCAGGUGUGUAGUGGGGCUCUNAGAUGUGUAUAA